UCUAUUCAGUACAAGCCAGAGCUCCGUCGGCUGAACAUCGAAAUCGAAAAUUCGCUUUUAUUUUUUUAGAAGUUUUUCAGAAGUUUUUUAGAAGUUUUUAUUGUUAAACAAGAAAGCAAAAUGGCAUCAAUUGAACCAACAAACGGCAUACUUGCGAACGAACAGCAGGUGGAGCCUAGGGUAAUAGUGCCCAGUGACAUAGCGAACAGGCCGGAAGAGUAUACGACGGCUGCUCGCCCACAAAGAUACACGCUCCAUGAGAUCCACCAGAUGAUGAAAGCCCUCACCUGGCCGCGAAUCUUGUUUGAUUUGCUCUCGAGCCAUGAGUUGGGCUCCAUCUCGUUGGGCGUGGGACUCAUAAUCCUUGUUGUCCUCGAGGCGCUGCAAAGCUUCAAUCUGGUGCAGCAGCUGGCCAUCUUCGGCAUGGCCAUCAUAAUCCACUUAAUGAUCUACACAUUCAUCCGGCCGUAUCUGCGAUUCCGGCCCUACGAGCGGCUGAUCAACGGCGAUUUCAAUGUGCUCUUGACCCCGGAAUCGGUGGUCCGCGUGGCCGACUGCAUCAACCGCUGCGUGGCCACGGUGCAGUUCGUCCUACUUGGCACCGAGUUCUAUGAGCUUCUUCUGAUGAUGGUUGCCCUGGAGACGGUGUAUUCCAUCCUCUGUUACAUCGACAUCUUUUUGCUGACUAGGAUCGCCCUCUGUAUGGCGUUCGCUAUCCCAAGGCUCCUUACGUGGUUCGCAAAUCAGAACCCAAUCGCCUGGGCCUAUUUUCAAUUCAAGGCAAAGGAACUUGUGCUGGAUGUCCUGGCCAAGUUGGAGGGAAUGGGCGUGGAGGUGAAACUGAUCACCAUUGAGCGCUGGAGGCGGGAAGUGGAUGCAUUGAAGGAGUUAUAUAGCGAGUACGCGUACUGGCGAAACCAAGAGCAGUUCUAUGAUACGGAGAUACUGUCAAACAUGGGGGAUACCUAAGCGCAUCGCUUCGCCGAGAAUAGUUCGUUUUUCUGGCAAAGAUAAUAUUCAAAUUUGUUUUCAGAACUCUUAUAUACACCUCACAAUUAAAACAUGUACAACGCACACUGAAAGUUAAAUUACAUA